AUGAGUGCACUCCUGAUCUUGGCCCUUGUGGGAGCUGCUGCUGCCUUACCUGUUGAUGAUGACAAGAUCGUCGGAGGUUACACCUGUGCAAAAAAUUCCGUUCCCUACCAGGUGUCUCUGAACUCUGGCUCCUCCCACUUCUGUGGUGGCUCCCUCAUCAAUAGCCAGUGGGUGGUGUCUGCAGCUCACUGCUAUAAGUCCCGUAUCCAGGUGAGACUGGGAGAGUAUAACAUCAAUGUUGUUGAGGGAAAUGAGCAGUUUAUUGAUGCUUCCAAGAUCAUUCGCCACCCCAGCUACAACUCAAAUACCCUGGACAAUGACAUCAUGUUGAUCAAGCUCUCAUCAGCUGCAACCCUCAACUCCCAAGUGGCCACUGUAUCUCUGCCCAGCUCCUGUGCAUCUACUGGAACCCAGUGUCUCAUCUCCGGUUGGGGCAACACCCUAAGUUCUGGUGUCUCCAACCCAGACCUGCUGCAGUGCCUGGACGCUCCUGUGCUAAGUAAUGCUAACUGUGUAGCCUCCUACCCUGGACAGAUCACCAGUAACAUGAUCUGUGUUGGCUUCCUCGAGGGAGGCAAGGAUUCCUGCCAGGGUGACUCUGGUGGCCCUGUAGUAUGCAAUGGAAAGCUCCAGGGAAUUGUCUCCUGGGGCUAUGGCUGUGCUCAGAAGAACAAACCUGGAGUGUACACAAAGGUGUGCAACUACGUGGACUGGAUUAAGUCCACCAUUUCUGCCAACUAA